GACGUCGUUGUCGUCACUUUCAAUCAUCGCAUCGGAAUAUUAGGAUUUUUAAGCACUGAUGAUGAAAGUGCGUCCGGCAAUUGGGGACUUUGGGACCAAAAACUAGCCCUCGAAUGGGUUCGCAAUAAUAUCGCCGCUUUCAAUGGAGAUCCUAAUUUGGUGACCAUUUUUGGACAGGGAUCAGGAGCCGCUUCAGUCAUUUACCACAUGAUAUCGCCUUUAUCUCAGGGUUUAUUCCAUCGGGCGAUCGCUCAAAGCGGAUCAGCCCUUUGCGAGUGGGCUUUGGAGAGAUCGCCGCUACUCUUUGCCAGACAAGUGGCACAGACUGUGGGCUGUCCCACAUCUUCUACCAUUGAUUUAGUCAAUUGCUUAAGGAAUACACAUUUCAGUGCUUUAUUGACCGCCCAAUCAAAUGCUAAGAUGAGUUCUGAUGCCCUCUACACCUCUUGUAUUGACGAAACAUUGAAAGUUUAUUCACAAAUUCCCGAUGCAAUCGCAUAUCAGUACUUAUUUGCAUAUAAGGGACGCAACAGUUUAGUCAAUGUAUUGAUGGAUAACUCUAUGACACUGUUUGAGACGGGCGUCGGUCACGGCGACGAACUCUUCUACUUGUUUGACCUUAAGAUCACUUCUCAGCGCUGGUUCUCCAGGAAAGACAUCCAAACAAGAGAAAGGGUUCUCACUCUUUGGACUGAUUUCGCUAAACACGGGUAA